GAAGCACGACGGCGCGUCGAGCGGCGGCGCAGGAAACCCAGUGACGCGCAGGCCCCGUCCUUAGAGGAGGGGAGGAGGGGAGGGGUCGCCCGCAUCGAGCAGUACUUAUGCUCCUGUCGCGCUCCACUGCACUCACUGCUCCUUGGAUCCAGCCGCACAGCGCAGCCAGCUCAAGUCUCAACACUCCAGCAGUGACAUGAAAGCCGUGGUCGCGUGUUUGCUGGUGCUGGGGGCAGCCAUGAGCCACGCGCAGAUGAGGUCUCCGUACGCGCCGCGCCCCGUGGGCGUGGUGAAUGUGCUGCCGCGCUUCCAGGACACGGGCGACGACCUGCCCAACCGCUUCGGCGACGAGACGAGCAGCACGUCACCACCGCCCCUGCCCCCGGCGCUGUCGGGCGCCAACGUGGACCCCGUGCUGGCGUCCCGGGUGUCCGAGUGGCCCGAGGAGCGCCGCCCCUUCUGGUACCACAACGCCCAGGCCAUCCGCAACAGCCAGCAGCAGAGCGUCAACGCUCUGCCCCCGCCGCCGCCCCGCUCCCCCUUCGCCGCCAACCGCAACAACUGAGGCCCCUGCCCCCUUACCGCCGCAGACACGUCCCGGCCGACCCCGUGUUCCCGAGACCAACGGCUCCACCGGCUCCUCAGUCUCGUGGACCGCACGUCGUCGCCCGUCUCGAACCAAACUGCCGGCCGGUCGGCCACACCGCCGGACGUCGCAGGCCGCAGACGAAGGGAAGCGAAUCCACCGCGAACAUCUGAUACACCCGGGCCCCCUCUUGCCGGCCAGCGACGUGUUUUGGUCAUCACCGAACACUCGAGUUCUUUUGUAAUAUUUAUGUAUGUUCACAUAGCAUUUACACAAGUAGAAGAUGGUUUGCCUAGAUAGCUAGUUAAGAAAAAAAAAAUACCUUCACAACAAACAUAAAUCAUGGUUCAUGGAUUUAAGAAGCACAAAUAUGUGACUUUUUGUACUCUGGAAAUAGGACGCAUCAUAUAAUCAAUGAUAACCUUCAUUUGCCGAAUUUAUCGAUUCUAAGAUGCACUUCAGUUGCGACCUUUACAUUGAAACGCAUCAUAAACCUGUGUGUUACAAAAAGAAUCCAGUUUAUAUGGUAGGUAUGUAGCAUUGCUUACAUGGAGACUCAAGUUCAGGAAAAAAAUUCAGUAUUUACAUGGGCAAAUGUGAUCUGUUUGUCUAUGACAAUGUUAUACUAGGUACUGAGAACGUAAUAGGCAGUGAAGGUUACUACCUAUACCCUUAAAGGUACCACAUUUUAUGCCAAAGUAUUGUAUAAUUUUAUACCUCUUACUAAAUAAAAUAUGUAUUUUUUUUUGCAAUAAAUGUUAUCAAUGCAAUGAAA